AUGCUGGGGGCGGCAACUGCGUGCGUGGCUCUCGCGCUGGGGGUUUGGGGUGUACGUACACCUGAAGUUGCUGCCUUGGGGCCCCCGCAGCAGCCCGCGGCCUUUCUGGGGGCCCCUGCUGCUGCUGCUGCUGCUGCUUGGCCGAUGCAGCACUCCCUGCGCUGCAGCAGGCAGCAGCAGCAGCAGCAGCAGCAGCAGCAGCAGCUGGCAGCAGCAAGGAAACCCUUUGUGGGGGGCAACUGGAAAUGCAACGGAGACCCAAAAGGCGCUGAGGCGAUUCUGCAAAUGCUGAACGACGCGCCGCCGGAAGACGACGACAUAGAGGCGAGGGUGGUGGUGGCCCCCCCCGCGCUGCACGCGGGUUUGCUGCUGCGGGGCCUCCGAAGGCCUUUUGCUGUUGCUCUUCAAGACAGCAGCCAAGUGAAGAGUUACGGGGCCUUCACUGGCGAGAUUGCCCCGCAAAUGGCCAAAGACUUUGGCAUUAAAACUGUUAUUGUGGGCCACAGCGAAAGACGUGCUGGAUUUGGCAACCAGCCGGCCUACGCGUCCGCGCUGGGGGCCUCCGGGUGGCCCUCAGUGGUGAUCGCCUACGAGCCGAUUUGGGCCAUUGGCACUGGCCAGACGGCUUCGCCGCAGACGGCCCAGCAAACCCACCGAGAAAUCCGCGAGUGGCUGAGGCAGCACGUCGGCGAAGAAGUCGCGCAGCAAACCCGCAUCAUUUAUGGAGGCUCCGUCAAGGGCUCCAAUGCCAUGGCAAGCCAAUCAACCCACUCAGCUAGCUAG